GUCAAACCUGUUCUGUCAACUGGGCGCAUCCCGUUUGACAGACGUUGAAAAGCCGAAAUAAACAAAUACAUUUGCCACGGUAAAACAAAUUCGUUAACGCUGAUCUUUUUCUUUUGUAGAUUAACGUGCCAAACAAUAAGAAACACGAAACGAUGCGUGCUCACUGUAAUUAAAAUAUCAAACCAGGCCUAAAAAUGAUGGAGCUGCCAUUGCUCGGUGAUACGUUGAUCGUUCUUGUGUCUCAGCUAAUCUUUUUCAUCGGAGGAUGGCUGUUUUUCGUGAAACAGUUGUUCCGCAACUACGAAAUACGGCAUGUGUUCGUUCAGCUCAUCUUCUCACUCACCCUGGCCCUUUCGCUGACGAUGUUCGAGCUGAUUAUAUUCGAAAUCAUUGGCUUUCUGGACUCGACCUCACGGUACUUCCACUGGCGGCUAGGGCUAACGCUACUGCUAGUCAUGGUGAUUGCCGUGAUACCGUAUUUGAUUGCAUAUUCCUGCAUUAGUAACGUGCGGAUAGUUCCCGCCCGAUGGGUUCAACCGCUGACGACACUCAUCUGGCUGUGCUAUCUGUACGGUUUCUGGCGCAUAGGCGACCCCUUUCCACUGUUAAGCGUAAGCCGAGGAAUCUUCACCAUCGAGCAAGCCGUCUCACGUAUCGGUGUGGUCGGUGUGACCGUGAUGGCAAUACUGUCCGGAUUCGGUGCCGUUAACUAUCCGUACACCAGCAUGUCUUACUUCAUCCGGCCCGUGUCACAGAGUGAUGUGGUGAAUCUGGAGCGAAGGUUGCUGCAAACCAUUGACAUGAUUCUGGUGAAGAAGAAGCGCAUCGCGCUGGACCGCAGGAGGAAUAAGCCGAACCAGAAGCAAAGCAUUUGGGGCAUGAUAAGCAGCGUCACGCAAAGGCCUGCUGGUGCUGAGAACAUCGGACAGCUGCGGUUAGAAAUUUCCGCCCUGGAAGAACUGUCCCGCCAACUCUUCCUUGAAGCACAUUCGAUGAAAAACAUGCAGGAACGGGAACGAUGGGCAGCCACGCUGCAAGGAAAAUAUUUCAACGUGCUGGGGCACUUUUUUAGCCUGUACUGUUUGUGGAAAAUAUUCAUCUGCACAAUCAAUAUAAUCUUCGACCGGGUAGGCAAAAAGGAUCCGGUAACGCGCGGUAUCGAAAUCGCCGUGCAUUGGUGCGGGUUCGAGAUGGAUAUGGCGUUCUGGAGCCAGCACGUAUCCUUCCUCCUGGUGGGUUGCAUCGUGGUCACCUCCAUCCGUGGUCUGCUGCUUACGUUGACGAAGUUUUUCUACAAAAUCUCGUCCAGCAAAUCGUCCAACAUUAUCGUGCUGGUGCUGGCCCAGAUUAUGGGCAUGUACUUUUGCUCGUCCGUGCUGCUAAUGCGCAUGAACAUGCCGGCCGAGUAUCGGGUCAUCAUAACGGAGGUGUUGGGUGGAUUGCACUUUAACUUUUACCACCGAUGGUUCGAUGUGAUCUUUCUGGUGAGUGCGCUGGCGACGAUCGUGGUGCUGUAUCUGCUGCACAAACCACCGAACGUUGAUUCUAGCAUGUAAAGACGAGCGCGAAUAUACGUUGCCAUGAUACGAUGCGAUGUGGACCACAUCUUCCAAGCGAAGCCUGGACAAGCCUCUACACGAAUAUACACGUAACCAACCCAACCCGAGUGAUCGUAUCAGUUGCUGCAAUCGUUCUCAUACCGAUCCCAAAAAUAAUGCGCUCCCAGUGCGCGUUCACUCAUGCGUUCUAUCUGCUUCCGUUGCUUUUUUUUAUCCAUUCCGACAUUCAGAACACGACAAGGAGUUGAUGUAAAUAAUCGAGAAAAAAGCGAACUCUACUGCAACAAAUAAAGGUUGUAUAUUGGAAACGGAA